GGACCGCAACUCGGAACGCAAUUUGCGCGGAGCGUGGUUUCCCCCCGAGCCGGCUCCGGGGCACCUGUCCCUUUGACGCAGGCGCUGUGCCCCUCAGACGGCAUGGAAGCCGUGGGUGUUGUGUGUGUGGCGGUGGCCCUCCUAGCACCGUGCAUCUUCUGGGCUUGGCACUUCUUGGAACGAAUGAAGAGUCAGGUGCAGGCUGGCCUGUUGGGAAGAGGAAGCCGGGCCCUCCUGGUGAUCGCGCACCCCGACGACGAAGCCAUGUUCUUUGCUCCCACUUUGCUAGGCUUGGCCCGCCUGAGGCACCCGGUGUUCCUGCUCUGCUUCUCUGCAGGGAAUUACUACAAUCAAGGAGAGAUUCGUAAGAAAGAACUUUUGCAGAGCUGUGAUGUUUUGGGGAUUCCACCCACCAAUGUAAUGAUUAUUGACAGCAGGGAUUUCCCAGAUGACCCGGGUGUGCAGUGGGACACAGAGCAUGUGGCCAGCGUCAUCCUCCAGCACAUAGAAGUGAAUGACAUCAACCUGGUGGUGACUUUCGAUGCCGGGGGAGUGAGUGGUCACCGCAAUCAUGUUGCUCUGUAUGCGGCUAUGAGGACCCUCCAUUCAGAAGGGAAAUUACCUGAAGGGUGCACGGUGCUCACGCUUGAGUCUGUGAACGUGCUGCGCAAGUACAUCACCCUUCUGGACCUGCCCUUCUCUCUGCUUCAUGCCGGCGAUGUCCUCUUCGUGCUGACCAGCAAGGAAGUGACACAGGCCAAGAGGGCCAUGUCCUGCCACCGCAGCCAGCUCCUGUGGUUCCGCCGGCUCUACGUGCUCUUCUCCCGGUACCUGAGAAUCAACUCUCUGCACGCCCUCUGAGCCCGGGACAAGGCGAGAAAGGACCAGGAAGCGGCCUGCUCGGGAGCUGGCCAUGUCCCUGAGCCGAAGGAGAGCCCGGCGGAGGGUGGCCUCCCAGGACCCUGCUCCUCAGGGUGGCCAGCCCCUGACGGACAGAGGCCAUGCAGGCUGAAGGACUGUCUAAACUUCACUUCCUCCUCUGGGAAAAAACACACAACCAAAAACAAGCCCAAGGGUAACCAUAGUUACCCUGCUAGCUUCUUCCAUGCUUGUGAGAAAUAAUAUAUGUGAAACCCAGCGUAUGGCAGACACCGAGCCCUGCUGCGGCCAUGUCAGUGACCGUGCAAGUGCCACAGGCCAAUGCACAGGUGACACUGCCGCGCAUUUACACCGUUUCAGAGCCGGCUCACCACACAC